AUGAACCGACCCAUCCAGGUAAAACCAGCCGACAGCGAGGGGAGAGGAGAAGACAGGAAGUUGUUUGUGGGCAUGCUGGGUAAACAGCAGAGUGAUGAAGACGUCAAGAGGCUGUUUGAGCCCUUUGGCACUAUAGACGAGUGUACUGUACUACGGGGGCCAGACGGCACCAGUAAAGGUUGUGCGUUUGUGAAGUACCAGGGACAUGCUGAAGCUCAGGCUGCCAUUAGCACCCUGCAUGGGAGCCGCACACUGCCUGGUGCGUCGUCCAGUCUGGUGGUGAAGUUUGCCGACACAGAGAAGGAGAGAGGGCUGAGACGGAUGCAGCAGGUGGCAUCACAGCUGGGCAUCUUCAGCCCCACCAUGACACUUAACUUCCCUGCUUACAACGCUUACACACAGGCUGUCAGCGCACAGGCAAUUGUCCAGCAGCAAGCUCUGGUUGCUCAGUCAGCGUACCUGUCUCCUGUAGCAACUGUUGCCAGUUUACAGAUGCAGCAGAUGGCAGCGCUCAACGCAAACGGAAUCAUCGCCACGCCCAUCACAUCUUCCUCUGAGUCUAGUAGCUGUCAAUCACAAUAUCUCCUCCACUGUGAUUGGUCCUCCCGGUUUGCAGGUACGAAUACCCCUCCAACCAUCUCAGCCACGCCUGUGCCAUCACUACCUCCACCUCUAGGAGUCAAUGGUUACAGUCCACCAACCAAUGGACAGCAAGCAUCAGAAGCACUAUACACCAAUGGCAUUCAUGCGUACCAAGCCCAGAGUCCAGCAUUAUCUCUAGAUCCUCUCCAGCAGGCGUAUGCAGGCAUGCAGCACUACACAGCGGCGUACCCUGCUGCCUAUGGAUUGGUCGGCCAGCAUUUUCCACAGCAACCUACCCUGGUUGCCCAGCAACACCAGCAGCCCCAGCAACAGCAGCAGCGAGAAGGGCCGGAGGGUUGUAAUAUCUUCAUCUACCACCUGCCUCAGGAGUUCAGUGACAGUGAGAUGCUCCAGAUGUUUCUGCCCUUUGGAAACGUCAUCUCAGCUAAAGUCUUUGUAGACCGCGCCACCAACCAGAGCAAGUGCUUCGGUUUUGUGAGUUUUGACAACCCAUCCAGUGCCCAGACUGCCAUCCAGGCUAUGAAUGGGUUCCAGAUCGGCAUGAAGAGACUCAAGGUGCAGCUGAAACGACCUAAAGACGCCAACCGCCCCUACUGAAGGAGAGAGAGAGAGAGAGGGGUGAAGUUUUCAGACUCCGGCCGUGGUGGAAUCCCAGCGUGCAUUGCACCCUCAGACCUACUACCUUUCUUUUGAGCGACGGGGAACAGCACACACACACACAUCACACACACAAACACCACACUCACACACACCACACACACAUUGCACUCUAAAAUGACCAAGGCACAGAUAUUGACCAAUGUACAUAUUAUAGUCCUCACAAACACAAACACUCACAUACUUUCAAAUACAUAUAUGUCAGUAAUCGUACCCAUUGAACUGGACUCAGUUUGAAAAUGGUUUGUGAGGAGUUUGUCUGGAGUGUAUAGGGCAGUGAAGAUCACACAUCUACACGACCCAGGAAGUACUUACUAAAGUCAUUGAUGAGAUGAUGAAUAAUGGUGAUAUAUCACUUCUUUGGACCAUAACAUGUCAUAUUACAUGGCUAUUACAUGUGUAUAACAUGAUACAAAUAGGAAGGCCUCCAUUUCGUAAUAAAAAAAGGAAAACAGGAAAAAAUAUUGAGACAAAAUGAGUAGUUUAGAGAAACUUUGGAGAGAGAUCCUUAUGGCCUGUAAAUAAUUUAGUUUAAGAAGAGUAACAUUUAGAAACUUACAAAAGAACGCAAAAAGAAGAGUACUUUAGAUAAAUCACUGAAAAAUGACACAAUAUUAUUACGAUUAUUGUUAUUAUUAUUAUUAUCUUCGUUAGGGGAUAUUUUAUUAGAAAUAAAGAAAGGGGAGAAUCACAAACAUAUUUUCAAUUUCUACUUAGAUUUUAGGAUAAAUGUGGUGGGAGGGAUUGCACCUUUUCUGAGAGGUUUUAAUAUUUUAACAAUUUUUUAUUUAUUGAGUAAUUUAUCAAUUAUUUUUGUUAAUAGGGAGAAAUGAUGAAGGGUUUAACGGGGUUACGAGUUUCUGAUUUUAGAAUUUUUUUAGAGCAAAAAAGGGUCUGUUUCUGUCAGACUCUGUCAGAGUAAUUAUAAUUAUGAAUGAAUUAUUACAACAAUGAUAUUUAUUUCUUAUUUAUUGAGUCUGUUUUUGAUCCAAUCUCUUUUUAAGUUAAAAUAAAAAGUAUUAUAC